UUUACGCGAGGUGUCUGUAGAUUUUCUGUAAGUGAGCAGCUGUAGAUUUAUAGAUUAUGGACGCUCCCAGCUUCCGUGCUCAUUAUAUAUUUUUGUCCGAGUACAGUUCUCCGUACAGUGUUUAGUCUGUUUAUGUGUUACACGCCGAUUUUAUAGAAGCGACAAAAUGGGAGGAAAGUUAACAGACAAAGAUAUGGACCAGCUAGAACAAUGGAUAGGUACAGGUCCUAAAACAUUUACACUUCUCUACGCCAUUACAAGAGAUGGAUGUAAUGCUACAACGUUUCAUCAGAAAUGUGACAACCAGGGACCUACAGUCACAGUGCUGUAUAAUCAACAAGGAUCGGUGUAUGGAGGUUAUGCUCCUGUAAGUUGGCAAAGUUCAGGAAGUUAUAGUAAUGAUCAGAACGCAUUCCUGUACCAGUUACACUACAGCAAAACACCAACAUAUACGAAAUUUCCACGUAAUGGUCAAGGCAAUGAUACUUAUGGGCAUCCAAGUUACGGUCCAACCUUUGGCGGGGGACACGAUCUUUAUACCUUCAGUGGAACUGUCAACAACUCUGGAGGUUAUUUUGCCCUGAAUGGGUAUAUGACUAGUUUUGGAACAAGUUACAGUAACCAGGGGAAAGAUAUAACCCAAAUCAACAACGGAAACAUGAUUGUCACAGAACUCGAGGUCUAUAAAGUAACCGAUGGUCAAAGGAAAAAGAUUAAAGCAGAGCCUUGGCGCAAAACGAAAAGCUGGAAUGAAAAGUUCCUAGAUGAGCUAACAGAAGAUGUAGUGUCCUUUAAACCUUUUCCGGAUUUGGACAUCUCAGAGGCUCGAAUCUUGAUGAUAGGUCCAGUUGGAGCCGGCAAGUCAAGUUUCUAUAACACUAUCAACUCCAUAUUCAGAGGUCGUAUUACACAGAGGGCAGGUAGUGGCAGCGCAGAACAAAGUUUGACAACAGCAGUAUGGUUUCUUUUCUCUAGUUCUUAUCACGGGGGCAUUUUUAUUAAACUUUCUAAAUUGCAGUUCAAUCCAGCAACGCCAAUAUCCACAGACCACGACGGUUAUAUAAGCAAACCAACCCUUGAAGAUAAAGUGCAUUGUGUGGUUUUUGUUCUAGAUUCUACUACACUUGAAGUUUUGCCAGCCAAAAUUCUACAAAAAAUGAAAAGUUUCCAAACACUUAUGAACCAAAAAGGUAUUCCGCAGGCACUUCUACUCACCAAAGUCGACAAGCUUUGUAAAGAUGUAGAAAAGAAUGUGUCUCAAGUCUUUAAAAGUGAAACUGUUGAAGAACAUGUUGAGAAAGCGUCACAGCUUCUUGGCCUACCACGUGGUAAUGUACUUCCGGUGAAAAACUACGAGAACGAGAUGCAGCUUGAAGAUAACAUCAGUAUCUUGGCGCUCAUUUCUCUGCGACAGAUUUUACACUUCGCGGAAGAUUACAUGGAAAAUAUUGCCGACAAAAUGGCUGCUACUCAACGAAAAAUGGAGAAAAUGAAAGUGAAAAAGUAAAGCGUUUUGAGGUGAUGUGACUUUAACAAGUACAGAACUUAAAAAACUUUUCAUAGAUCUAGCCAUUUUGUAAACGUAAACUGUCUCUGUGAAAGUUCAUAUCUUGCUCUAUGUUAUCAGAUUUAAUGUUCAUCCUAGUGAGUUAUAAAAAGUCUUAGAAGGUUUCAAUAUUUACAACUGUUUGGUUUGUAUUACUGGUACAUGUAUAUCCUAGCUGGUGUUGUUUUCUUUAUUUCUGAAAUGUUUGAUUUGCUUUUGAAGUUUAUAUUGUACUGUACCAAUAUUUUGUAUGAAUAAAGAUUAACCCAUUACAUUA